UGUGUUUUGUAUGACAGGAGUGGGCAUUAUAUUGAUAACUGUGAGCGGAAUCGCGUGGAGACUGACGUCGACGGGCCCGACGUGGCGGUCGAUCCUCGGCCUCCAUGAGCUCCAUCAACAGCAGUCACUUUGCAACGGCAGCUCCAUUAACGAGGCGUCUCGUCGUUUUGUGCCUCGGGUUCCGGCGCCGUACGGCCGGACGGGAACACACCAUCACCCCUACGGCGCUAUGUUUUACCCGGAAUUCCAGUACAGACCGCCUCCGCCCUCAUACCAGGCGUCGAUGCAAGAGUAUCGGCUCAGGUUACUGUUGUUGGACCGAUCGUCAUCACACCCACAGUCUACCUCACUCUCGCCCGUCUCUCCGCCGCCCACUUAUCGCUCAUCCGCGGCCUCCAGUCUUACCGGAACCCUUCCCCGUCAGCCCCAGUCCAAUGCAAAUACAAUACAACGGCCACCCAAUCGUCCCCCCAGUUAUAGGCCAGUUGUGUCCGGAGAUGGCCAACCAUUAGUGUCGUCUACACCGCUAUACCAGUCGACGACAACGCAAACCGUAGCGCAGCCAACACUGGGGUCGCCGACGGCUAUAAGGCCGGCACCGACGCCAAUGUCUACCAUUUUGACCACUAGUCACACCCAAACACAGCCAUCAAAAUCCUUGACCCAAAAGCCAUGUCAUCACUCAUCGCAUCACGACAUCAAUCGAGUGACUAUUCUUCAGACGACAAACACAUCGCAAGUCUGUACACCCAAUGGUGUGAAUAUAGUGGCCAUAUCUCCCACUAGUAUAAUGGCAGCCAAUACUCCGACCACGACUUCCACCACAACAAUACCGACUCUAUGCUCAGCACCGGUAGUGUCCAGCAAUGAGGUGCACAUAUUGGCUCACGUUUAGCUCAUUAUUAGUCAUUAUAUACCACUUUAUAUUCAUAUUUAAAUAUUACUAUCAUUUUAUAUAACAAAUUAUUAUAUGUUUUUCAAUACGUUAUUCUCCACUCAAAACGUGUUAUAAAUGAAAAUUAAUUAAGUAUUGAAUAAAUAAGAGAUUAAGACAU